AUGGUCCGAAAAAGGGACGAAGUCCCGGAGGAGGAAGAUCAGGAAAUGGAGGAAGAGCUUGUCAGCUUGCAGUUCGAUGAGCCACUGUCAUGGCGGGCUGGGAAGCCAAUCAAUACUGGAGAGCUCCUGCGCCGGCUCGAAAAGCUUUCACAGGAGCUGGUCGAUAUGGACCAGGACACGGUCGAUAAGGACUCGCUCACCAAAGUCGCAAAAGAGCUUGCGUCGCACAACCUGUUGGCGCAUAAGGAAGGAGGCGUGAAGGCAUACGCUGCAUCAUGCCUGGUGGAUAUUCUCAAACUGUGUGCACCAGAUGCCCCUUUUACUCCCACGCAGCUGAAGGACAUUUUUGGCCUUCUAGUCAAAGUCAUCUUGCCUGCACUUUGGGAUCCGGCCAAUGCAUAUAACACCCAGCACAAAUACGUGCUUACCUCUCUGGCAGAAGUCAAAAGUAUUCUUCUGAUCAACGAGCUAUCAAAUGCGGAAGAUUUGCUACUGCAUCUAUUCUCCUCGUUCUUCGAUGGCAUCUCGGGAUCAUCCAUGUCUAGUUCUGGGGAGCAGGUUGCGAAAGAUGUCGAAUUCCAUAUGACCGAUAUUUUGGUUACUUUGAUAGACGAAGGCCCUAACCUGCCUCCAAGUGUUCUGGAUGUGAUAAUGGCCCAGUUCCUGCGAGCCGCUCCUCCAGGCGGCUCCAGAAACAAGUCCGACCUUAACGGCAGUCAAACGACUCUUCUGCCCAAGGAGGAGCCGGAGGCAUAUGUCAUGGCCAAAACGGUUUGCAACACAUGCCCGGAGAAGAUGGCACGCUACGUCAGCCAGUACUUCAGCGAUGUGAUAAUGGACAUAACUGGGAAAGAUCAGACCAACGGGCACAAAGAUGAGGCGGACUCGGAUGACGAUGAUGCGCCAAGCGGCCCUUCCGAAUCAGACUUCAAGGAGCUACGGAAAGCUCAUCAACUUCUUCGCGAGCUCUGGCGUGCCGCGCCCACGGUGCUACAAAAUGUUGUUCCUCAGGUGGACGCAGAGUUGCAAGCCGACAACAUACAGCUGCGGUUAUUGGCGACCGAAACUCUUGGGGAUAUGAUAUCUGGCAUCGGCGCUGCUGGACCUCCGCCACGACCUGCCUUGGACCCGGCAGCGUACCCUGCUCUUAGGUUGAGCGAUGAACCUCCGGAACAUCCUGACUCGAGCAUUCUCACAACCCCCAUUUCGCCCUUAUCAUUCGCUCAGACUCAUUCUCAAGCAUUCCAUAACUUUGCAACCCGGCGGAACGAUAAGUCACCUUUAAUCCGUGCGGCUUGGACGUCCGCCGUUGGGUACAUUGUUUCGACCUCGGCUGGAGGCAUCGGUUUGAGCCGCGAAGACGAGUCGACGCUCAUCGCCGGUUUACGAGACAAGCUCAACGACAGUGAUGAGAAGGUCAGGUUGGCUGCCGUGAAGGCCAUCGAAGUUUUCAGCUUCCGAGAUAUUGUGACGAAGCUGGCCGCUACUGGAGGCGUUGACAAAGCCGACUCGGUGUUGUCCACCCUGGCUGACCGGUGCAGAGACAAACGACCUCCUGUGCGCGUCGAAGCCAUGGUUCUUCUUGGAAAGCUGUGGGCAGUGGCGGCAGGGGAACUCCUCGCAGAUCAGGAGGCUGUAACAUCUGCGUUGUCCAGCAUCCCCACGCGCAUCUUCAACACAUUUUAUGCCAAUGAUCCUGAACUCAACAUCUUGCUCGAGAGAGUCGCCUUUGAGUGCCUUGUUCCGCUGUCUUUCCCACCGCAGAAGGCCAAAACGAAGUCAUCCAAUGGAAACUCCCAAUCGCAAACCACAAAUGACUCCCCCUAUGAUCCGGAUAAGAUCCGGGCAGAACGCAUUCUGCUUCUUGUCCGAAGCUUGGAUGAAAAGGCGAAACGGGCUUUUUUUGCCUUGCAAACCCGGCAACCGCAGUUCUCUCGCGUGCUCGAGAAUUUCGUUCGCCAGUGCGAAGCUUAUAACGGUGGAGUGCCAGAACGCGGUGGAGAGACCACGAAACAAAACCUCAAGAAGACGGUCCAAUACAUUUGCACCUUCUUCCCGGACUCAGUAAAGACAGAAACAGAUCUUCAUAAUUUUGCGACGCUGAAUGAUCGCCGGAGCUAUAAUCUGAUCAAGUUCGUGGUAAGCCUCGAAAGCGACUUCAAGACGAUGUACAGGGCGGUCAAGGAAUUCAACAAGAGGAUUCUAGAUACUUCAAAACCUCAUGUGCUCGACACUUUGGUGCCGCUCCUCUACAGAUCAGCCUACAUCAUGUUCAGCAAGAGUCAUCUAUCGACUUUCAUUGACUACUCCAAGAAUGAUAAGGACAAACUUGGAGUGGCCGCUCAGCAAAUCACUACCGAAAUCUCGCAACAUAUCCCGGAUCUAUUCAAAACACAUAUUGGGGAACUUUGCAAGGAUCUCGUGGCAGGAGCACCCACUACGAAUCGGGAGAAUGAUACCGGGUUGGUUGAAACCCUCAAGGCGUGUUCAUCCUACUCGAGGAAGUACCCGGAGGAGCUGGCCCAGGACAAGAAAUUCACACAGGCACUGAUAAGCUACGCCCUUUACGGCCAACCGGCAAAGGCUGCCAAAUAUGCCGUCAAUAUUAUGAUGGCUCGGAAGGACGACAAGAGCUUCGUUACUGCCACGGAGCUGCUGCAGAGGGUGCGGAAGGACUGGGGGUACGACUCUCCCCAUUUCCUGAAUAAGCUUGCUGCCGUUAGUCAGUUAGAACUUCUGGCCUCCAAGGUCACUGCUGACGCGAACGACGAGAUCGUCGAAAUGGCGCUCGAAAACGUACUGCGAAAGGUUCGCACGGAUGCUCAGGGUUCUGAUCCCGAAUGGGUAGAUGAUGCAGACCUUGACGAAGAAUGCCAAUUGAAGUGUUGGGCCCUCAAGUUGAUUGUUAAUCGACUUUGUGGUAUUCAGGACGUCGAUGAAGCCAAGAAACUUACCCCGACCGUUUUCAAGCUCCUCCGGACUCUAGUCAAUAACGAAGGGGAAUUGUGCAAAACCAAGGUCACUCCAAAUCACCACAAGGCUCGGCUUCGACUACGCGCAGGGCAGCUCACCUUGAAGCUUUGCACAUCAAAGCGUUUCGAGGAGCUCUUCUCACAUGCGGACUUUAAUCGUUUGGCGAUGCUUACCCUGGACCCAGUUGCCAAAGUCCGUCAUCUCUUUAUCGAAAAGCUCCAGAAAUAUUUGGUGAACAACAAGCUACGGCCAAGAUUUUACACAAUGAUCUUCUUGACGGCGUUUGAGCCUGUCGGCGACGUCAAACAGCAGAUUGAGACUUGGAUCCGUUCCCGUGCUCGAUCGUUCCGUGAAAGCAAGCAAACGGUAAUGGAGGCCACAAUGGGGAGGCUGCUUUCAUUGCUUGCACAUCAUCCAGACUACAGUGCGGACGCAAAGGAUCUUAUGGACCAUGCUAGAUACCUGAUAUAUUACAUCAGCAACGUAGCCAACGAGCAAAAUUUUGGGAUGAUAUUCAGAUACGCAGAACGAGUUAAGCAGACGCGAGACGGCAUUGAUCCUGCCAAGAGUGAAAAUCUUUACGUGCUCAGCGAUCUUGCGCAAGCUAUCCUGCGAAAGUGGCAGGAAAGGAAGAAUUGGAGCUUCCAGGCUUACGGCGGAAGAAUUGGCUUGCCGCUGGGACUUUACUCGACGCUCCCCAACCACGAAGCCGCGCAAGAAAUUGCAAGCAAGCAGUUUCUCCCCGAAGGUGCGGAUGAACUCCUGGAUGAUCUACUGAAAAGUGUUGAUAAAAAGAAGAAACGAAAGAGUAUGGAUGAACGCGCCGAAGGUGAUCAUGCCCAGAAGAAAGCUAGGACAGCGCAUUCAAGAACUGUCGCCAAGUCGAAGUCUGCCGCGAAGCCCACUAAAUCUGCUUCUGUGAAGAAGACGGCUGUCAAGAAGAAGGCUCCGGCAAGAUCUCGCAAGACUGCCUCGUCGUCGCCGGGACCUGACUCCGCUGACCGACGCCGAAGCGGCCGUUCGAAGAGAAAUUCAACCUAUGUCGAGCGAGACUCUUCAGAGGACGAUGAAGACAUGCUGGAGGGGGUCGCAAGAUGGGAAUACUACGAUAGUGACGGCAAUCCGGUAAAGAAUGACGAUGAAGAUGAAGAUGACGAGUCUUCUCUCUCGGAAAUCGAGGACGAACCGGAGGCCGAAUCUGAAGUUGAACCAAUGGACGAAGACCCGAGGAAAACAGAGGCUAUUAAGGAGAGCGAACUGAAUGAUCCAGGCGAUGAAGACCCAGACGAGCCGGAAGAGGAAGAGGAUGCUGCCCCGCCGAAAGCCAAUGGCCGCAGGGGUCGGAGUGCUACCGCACGCGCGGCACCCAAGGCAGACAGCCCCAUCAAGUUCGCCAUCAAAGCGAGCGUCAUGAAGGGAAAAGCUGCCGCGUCAAACAAGGCAAAUUCCAAAGCUACUUCUAGUCGUGUGACGAGGGGAAGGAAACCCGUGGGCGACCACGAAAUCGGCGAGAAUUCUGACUAG